AUGGAGGUCUACGCCCAGAAGGAGCCUGAGAGGGAAAUUAUGGAAGCCCGGGGGGCAGGAGAGAGCUGCCCAAACAUCCCCAAGACGGUGCCCAGCGAUCCCAUUUCUGAAGAGAAAUCAAAGGCUUCUUUGCCCACUCCGGCCCCGGAAGCAGAUCCCCCCAACCCAGACUCUUGCUAUGACCACGUGGAAGAGAUGGAGACUUGUGAGGACGGAGGCUGCCCAGGCUCAGUGAUGCCACUGCCCCUCCUGGCGGGGCCCACCACCAAGGGCCAGGUGGGCGACGGGCCCCAACAGGCAGAGCUGCCCCCAGACCUGGGGUCCAAGCGCAUUUUGGAGAUAGAGCUGGAGAAGGUGCGCAUGGAGUUCGAGCUCACGAGGCUCAAGUACCUGCAUGAGGAGAACCAGAGGCAGCGACAGCACGAGGAAGUGAUGGAGCAGCUGAGGCAACAGGCAGCGCCCCGCCUGUUUUCAGGAGGGCUCCAGGAUCUCCUGCUCCCCCAGAACCAGUUCGCCAUGUUUCUGUACUGUUUCAUAUUUAUCCACAUCAUCUACGUCACCAAAGAAAUGGUCGUCUUUCUCUUCUCCAAGCACUACCUCUUCUGCAUUGCUGCCAUUUUGCUCUAUUUGAUUAAAACUUUGUGGCCAUACUGCUCAUGUUACAAAGCUCUUAAUCCUACCAAUGACAGCAUCUCCCCUCCAUCCUCCAACCAGUCGCGCUAA